UUUAAAGCCAAUGAAAUGAGUGAGCAGCCAGUGAUCUACUCCAUGACAAAACAACAGGCAAAUUCCAAACAGAAGAGGAGAAACCCUCCUGAUGAACCGAAAAGCAAAGGUGGGAACAAAGAGCAGCUGACCUAUGUGGAGUUGAAAUGUCACCCUCCUCAUCAACAGGAAAGACAAAACUCCAACAAGAAUAAAGAUUGUCCUUCUCCUGCUCCAUGGCAACUAGUUGCACUGAUCCUGGGAGUACUCUGCCUCAGUCUGCUGGUGAUUGUUGGCAUCUUGGGCCUAAAUGUAUUUCGGAGGCCUUCAAUAUCCAAUGGUCAGCAAGGCUGCCUGGGAGAUAUUACCACAACUCAGGAAACAGGACCGAAAAUUAAUUGCUCAGGGACGUCUCAGCUGUCAAGCAACCAAGAUCACAGAUGCCUUCCGUGUUCAGUGGGCUGGCACCAGCAUGGACAGAAAUGCUACAGAACAUAUUGUAAGUUGAACAGCUGGACAAAAUGCCUGAGCUACUGUGCUGCUCUGAACUCCAGCCUUUCAACUUUAAAGACAAAGGAGGAACUGGAGUUUGUGAUUCAAUUAACAAGGCUUCAGUGUCUCCAGAAUGAACCGAACUAUUGGAUCGGUUUAAGCUAUGCUAUUCAGAGGUGGAUUUGGCUUGAUGAGACAGAGCUAUCCAGUGACAUGUCCCAACAGUUUCAAUUACCAAACCAAAAAAAUGAUGAUAAUAAUUGUGUGAUUCUCCAAAAAAAGCAACUUGGGCCUAAACCAUGCAGCGCCCUUGGACAGUGUCUAUGUCAAAAGCAAAUGUGA